GGGGUGCUUGUUUGCAGUAACUGACUGGAAGAAGGAGAUUUUGACCCCAAAAAAAAAACCUAGGAGAAGGAGAUGAGUGCUACAGUAGUCGAAAGCAGAGAAUGGUACUUGGCUGCUUAUGCUCCUGAAGGUAUUCCAACUUCAGAUCAUCUGAAAAUUCGCUGCGUCUCGCUGGCCCUUGAUGCAAUCCCUGAACAACAUGUCGUCCUUGAGACGCUUUUCGUGUCCGUUGAACCAUACCUGCGUGGCAGAAUGACCGGCCUGGAAGAAGGGCUAUACUUUGCGCAGUUCAACCUUAACGAGGUAGUUUCAGCAUUUGGUGUUGGAAGAGUAAUUAUGUCAAAGGAUAGUGACUAUGGUGAAGGUGACAUAGUGAUCUGUCCUUCCACAUCUUUUGCCGAGUACUGUGUGGUAUCAUCCCAGAAUUUAAGAAAGGUGGAGCCAAAUGCUGGGAUUCCAUUGCCUGAAUAUCUCGGUUUGUUAGGGAUACCUGGGUUGGCAGCGUGGGUGGGAAUAGAGGUGAUCGCGGAGCCAAUAAAAGCAGGGUCGAAUGUGUUCAUAUCAGCUGCGGCCAGUGCCGUUGGGAUUUAUGCAGGGCAGUUGGCCAAGCUUAAAGGCUGUCGAGUAGUUGGAAGCACUGGAACUGACGACAAGGUAAAGCUUAUCAAAGAGGAAUUUGGAUAUGAUGAUGCCUUCAACUACCACACAGAGAAAGAUUACGAUGCUGCUUUAACCAGGUAUUUCCCAAAUGGAAUUGAUAUAUAUCUUGACAAUGUUGGUGGUAAAAUGCUCGAGGCUGUUCUCAACCAUGUCAACAAGCAUGCAAAGGUCUCCCUUUGUGGCAUGAUAUCUGGCUACAACAAGGUAUGGACUGAGAGGGAGGGAGUGAGGAAUCUGCUGAAUCUGAUCGGCAAACAAGUGAAGAUGCAAGGGUACAUGGUGGGUUCGUACUUUGAUCGUUUUGGAGAUUUUGAAAAGGAGAUGGAGAGCCAUCUAAAGGAAGGCAAGAUUGUUUCUAAGAUCAAAAUCGUCCAUGGAGUUGAAAAUUUCUUGGAGAGCUUAGGGUCACUGUUUACCAGCUCAAAUAUUGGGAAAAUAGUAAUCCAAGUCAAGUAAUUAGGGUGUCACUACCAUGGGCUUUAUAUGCAUUUUAAGUUAUAUGCUACACACAAAAAAAUUAUGUAAUAAAAA